GCACAGUGUCUUCGUGAUUUUCACGCCGUGAACAUCUCAGUGUUUUGAGAAAUUUCCCACGAGUUUUCUUUAAAAUUUUUCAUUUUCUUUUCCUUUUGUACAAAUAUGGCCAAACAAGUGUGUGCUGUGAUCUUUGUGGCUCUGGCUAUGUUUGGAAGUUGUGUUCUUGCACGUCCAGGAUAUGCCCAUGGAUAUGUUGACUACUACGAUCAUCCAAAGUACGCCUUCAACUAUGGUGUUGCUGAUCAUGUGACGGGUGAUGUGAAGAGUCAGCAUGAAACACGUGAUGGUGAUGUCGUGAAAGGACAAUACUCCCUUGUGGAACCCGAUGGCUCAGUGCGAACUGUGGAUUACACUGCUGAUCCAGUCAAUGGAUUCAAUGCUGUUGUGUCAAAAUCUGCUCCAGCUGUCCACCCUCAUCCCGUUCCAGUUGUCCACAAAGCUGUCCACCAUGCUCCAGUCUAUGCCUCCCCAGCUCCAGUUGUGGUGAAACAUACCGCAGUUGUGCCCCACUAUGGCCACUAUGCUGGAGCUGCUCCUCUGGCUCACUACGCCGAUUACGACGGACACUACGACGGUCACUACUACGAUAACCAUCAUUACUACUGAGCAUCUAGGCUCUGGCCAGGAUUCUGAUCUCCCCCAUCAACAAAUUGCUCCCCUAAACAUCCAUCGAAUGUGCGUUCAUCUCACCUUCCAUUCGGGAAGGACUCAAACUGCCCUUUUUUCCCACAAAAAAAGAGAACCACCCAACAAAUCAACUCGUACUUAAGUUAUGUGACUACAAAACAAGAACAAAAAAAACAAAAAACAACAGAAAAUGUUAAUUUAUAGUUGUGUGUAAUAUUUUUUUUUUAUUAUUGUGUAAAAAAAGAGAUCUACAAAAUAAAAGAAAUGACAAAAA